AUGGUUUCUUCUUCAAAAAGAAAGAGAAAUGAGGAAUUUCCCCUUUCAAGAGAAGACAGCACACAAAAACCAGCAACAUCUUUAUUAGUAAAAAAUAGUGACAAAUUAUCUUUCCCAAGAGGUGGUGGAUCUGUAUUAACUCCACUAGAAUUGAAAAAAGUUGCUAAUGAAGCUGCAAAGGAUGCCUUAUUCGGUAAUUCCAAAGAUACUGUGGAAUCAGCAAGACCUAAAAAAAAGAAGAAACUGGAUAAAAACAAUAAAUCAAAAGACAAUGUAAAUGUUGAAAAUGUAGACGAGCAAAAACUCUCUGUUAUUCCACACAUCAAUUUUAAAAACUUAAGAGUAAAUUCCACUUUAUUAGGUCAAAUCACUGAAAUAUCUAAAUAUGAUAUCUGUGUAACUUUUACUGAUAACAUAUCUGGUUAUGUAAAUAUGACUCAUAUUUCUGAACAGUUUACUAAAAUAUUAGAAGAUUUAGAUGACAGUAUGGAUUCUGAUGAAGAAGGUGAAACUAACAAAGAUACAGCUGAAGAUGAAUAUGAAUCUGAAUCUGACACUGAAUCUAAUAAGAGUACAAAUCAUAAAAAUCCCGAAUUACCUGACUUACAUAGUUAUUUCAAGAUAGGUCAAUGGAUUAGAUGUACUGUCAUCAAUAACAGUGCACUUGACUCUAAGGUAAAGAAGAAUAAGAAGAAGAGAUUAGAGUUGACAAUAGAACCAUCUAUUGUCAACUCUUUUACAAAAGAUGACUUGCAAAAAUCCACUGCAAUUCAAUGUUCUGUUCAAAGUAUUGAAGACCACGGUGCUACCUUAGAUUUGGGUAUAGAUGGUGUAACUGGGUUUAUUUCUAAAAAAGACACACCAAACUUUGACAACUUAUUACCAGGUUCUGUUUUUCUUGGUAAUAUUUCAAAGACGAAUGAUCGUGUUAUAAAUGUUAAUUUGGAUUUUAACCAGCACAAGAAUAAAGUUACUCAAAUAUCUUCUGUUGAAGCUGUUUUACCAGGCCAACCAGUAGAUUUACUAUGCCAACAAUAUGUGGAUAAGGGUAUUGCUGGUAAAUGUUUUGGGAUGAUCCCUGCAUUUGUUAGCUGCUAUCAUUUGAACACUUUUAAAGAAGAAGAUAUUAAACAUAAAUUUGCACUUGGUUCUAAUUUACAAGGUAGGAUUAUUGCUACCCUAUAUGACAAACAUGGUGAAAAAACAAUAUUGUUUUCGACUUUACCACACAUUGUCAAUCUUUCACCCGAACUAAAACAGACAGAAGCAUUGAACGCCUUCCCAGUAGGUUAUAUAUUUGAUACUACUAAAGUCAAAGGUAGCGAUGACUUUUACUUGUACCUAGCAUUAAACAAUGAUUUAGUUGGUAGAGUGCAUAAAUCUAAGAUUGGGAAGUUAGAAAAAACAGAUGAUUUAGAAGCCAGAGUAAUUGGUUAUAACACCAUUGAUGGGUGUUAUGAAAUGACUACGGAUUCUCAAAUUAUCAAACAAAAGUAUUUAAGAAACAAAGAUAUUCAAAUUGGAGAAGUUAUUCCAGGGUGUGAAAUUGUAUCUGUGUCUUCUAAUGGAAUUCAAUUAAAAAUCUUUAACGGUCAGUUUAUUGCCAGUGUACCACCUAUGCAUAUAUCAGAUACCAGAUUAGUCUACCCAGAAAGAAAGUUUAAAAUUGGUUCAAAAGUUAAGGCUAGAGUCCUGGAUGUUGAUGGCAAAAAUCAUAUAUAUGUUACGCUAAAGAAAACACUAGUUAAUGUUUCCGACGAGGAUAUUCCACUAGUAACAUCCUAUGAUAAGGCAGCAGAACUCCACGAAAAGAACGAAAAGACUGUUGCUACAGUUCAAGCAUUUAAGCCAUCAGGAUGUGUUCUUACGUUCUUUGGUGAUGUUAGAGGUUUUUUGCCAAAUGCAGAGAUUUCUGAAGUAUUUGUAAAGAAACCAGAACAACAUUUAAGAUUAGGUCAAACCGUUACAGUCAAAUUAUUAAAAGUUGAUGUUGAAGGAAAAAGAGUUCUUGCAACUUGUAAGCUUGCCAACACAAAUGCUGAAGCCCAAAGAAAGGCUAUUGAAGAUAUGGUUCCUGGUAGAACUAUCGUUGAUGUGACAAUAGUUGAAAAGACUAAGGAUUCUUUAAUUGUUUCAACCAAGGAUUUGGACUUACGUGGUAUUAUUUAUGUUGCACAUUUAUCUGAUGACAGGAUAGAACAAAACAGAGCUGCCCUGAAAAAGAUUGUUGUAGGAACCCAUUUACAGGGUUUGGUUAUUGACAAAGAAAAUAGAACCCAAGUUUUUAACUUAACAUUGAAAAAGUCUUUAAUUGAAGCUGCAAAAGCAGAAACUCUACCAAUUACAUAUAAGGCUAUUACAACAGCUUCCAAAAGCACGUUUUUCCCAGCUUAUAUCAAAUCUAUUUCUGACAGGGGUUUGUUUGUCGCAUUUACUGCUAAAAACGUUGGGUUGGUUUUACCAAGUUAUGCUGUUGAGAGUAGGGAUGUGGAUAUAACAAAGAAAUUUUAUGUUGGACAAUCUGUUAAGGCUGCUAUACUCAGAUUUGAUGAUACAAAUGAACGAUUUUUAUUAACUUUGAGAGAGCAGAAAUCUUCUGUCCAAAACAGUAAAACAGAUGAAAUUACUGGUGCCAUUGAUAGCAAUAUCAAAUCUGUAACAGACCUUGCAGAAGGUAAAGUAAUCAAGGUUAAGGUCAAGAAUGUAAAAAAGAAUCAAUUGAAUGUUAUCAUAGCAGAUAAUAUUCAUGGUAGAAUUGAUGUUUCUGAAGUGUAUGAUGAAAUUGAUAAAAUAGAGGAUAAAAAAGCGCCACUAAGCAUUUUUAAAAAGGAUCAAAUAUUAAAAGGUAAAAUCAUUGGUAAACAUGACAUCAGAAGUCAUAGAUUCCUUCCAAUAACUCAUCAAAUAAGCAAAGCUUCUGUAUAUGAAUUGUCUAUGAAGCCUUCAGUUCUACUUCAAGAUAAGGCUAAUUUAACAACUAUUCAAGAUGUUAAGAUCAACGAUGAAUUCCUUGGUUUUGUUAAUAAUUAUGCUUCCAAUUAUUUAUGGUUAACUAUCAAUCCUGAUUUAAAGGCUAAACUACCAUUGGUUGAUCUAUCUGCAGAUGGUUUAGAUAUUUCAAUGAAUAUUCAAGAUAAUUUCCCACUAGGUUCUGUUAUCCCAGUUAAAAUUGACUCUGUUGAUUUAGAACAUGGCUUUAUUAAUGCUGUUAGCAAAUCACAUAUUGUAAGAGACUAUGAACAUUUGAAGGCUGGUGAUAUAGUUCCAGCUCGUAUCUCAGGUAUUUAUGAUAAAUAUGUUUUGUUGGAUUUAGGAAAUAAAGUAACUGGUAUAUCGUUCAUAACUGAUGCUUUGGAUGAUUAUUCAAUGUCCUUAAACAGUGUGUUCGGAGAUAGACUAAAUCAAGUCCUUGCUGCCAAGGUCCUUUCUGUGGAUACAGAAAAGAAAAAAAUCAGCCUAUCUCUAAGAUCAAAUUCACCUAUCUCACCUAGUAUUACUUCUCAUAAAGAUGUAAAACAAGGUGAUAUUGUGCAUGGUUUUGUUAAAUCUGUCACUAAUAAAGGUUUAUUUAUUAUUCUUGGAAGAUCACUUGAUGCUUUCAUACCAGUCAGCAAAUUGUCCGAUUCAUACUUAAAAAAUUGGGAAAAAUUCUAUAAGCCAAUGCAACAUGUAAUUGGUAAGGUUGUUUCAUGUGAUGAUGAUGAACAUGUCUUAUUAACUUUGAGAGAAUCCGAAGUAAAUGGUGAAUUACAAAUAUUGAAAAAUUACUCAGAUAUUAAGGUUGGUGAUAUUUUUGAUGGUUCCGUUAAGAAUGUCACCAAUUUUGGUGUCUUUGUUAAACUAGAUAAUACUGUUAAUUGUACAGGUUUAGCUCACAUUUCGGAAAUUGCGGAAACUGCUCCAAAAGACAUAUCAACUCUAUUUGGUCCUGGUGAUAGAGUAAAAGCUAUUGUAUUGAAGACUAAUCCAUCAAAGAAGCAGUUAUCUUUAAGUUUGAAGGCUUCCCAUUUUGCUAACAAAGAGCAUGUUAAAGAACAAAAGAAAGAUGAAUUUGAAGAAGAUCAGGAUGUGGAUAUGGAUGCAGUUAAUUUUGAUGACAAUGACUCAGAAGACAAUUCAGAUAAUGAGGAAGAAACUCAUGUUGUUAAGAAAACUUCAAUAUCUACAAAUGGAUUAUCAUUAAGUACAGAUUUUGAUUGGACUGCUUCUAUUUUAGAUCAAGCACAAGAAGAUGAUGAGUUUGAUGAGGACGAUGAUGAAGAAGUUGACUUCACUGAAGGCACAAAACAUAAACACAGAAGAAGAAAAGAAAAGAUUGUUGAGGAUAAGACUAUUGAUAUUAAUACUAGAGCUCCAGAAUCUGUUAGUGAUUUCGAACGUCUGAUUAUUGGUAAUCCAAACUCCUCUGUUGUGUGGAUGAAUUAUAUGGCAUUCCAAUUGCAAUUAAGUGAAAUUGAAAAGGCUCGUGAAAUUGCAGAACGUGCUUUGAAAACUAUUAAUUUUAGAGAAGAAUCUGAGAAAUUAAAUAUUUGGAUUGCUAUGUUGAACUUAGAAAACACUUUUGGUACCCCAGAGACUUUAACUGAAGUAUUUAAAAGGGCAUGUCAAUAUAUGGAUUCCUACACCAUUCACACCAAGUUAUUGAGUAUUUAUCAAAUGAGUGAAAAAUUGGAUAAGGCUGUUGAAUUAUUUAAGGUUACUGCCAAGAAGUUUGGUAGUGAAAAAGUAUCCAUAUGGGUUGCAUGGUGUGAUUUCCUUCUUUCAAACAAACAUGAAGAUGAAGCUCGUUCAAUCUUAGCUAGCGCCUUAAAAUCAUUACCUAAGCGUAAUCAUAUUGAAGUUGUUAGAAAGUUUGCCCAACUAGAAUUCAGUAAAGGUGAUGCCGAAAGAGGUCGUUCCUUGUUUGAAGGUUUAUUGGCAGAUGCACCAAAGAGAAUUGACUUAUGGAAUGUAUAUAUUGAUCAAGAAAUUAAGGCUGAUGAAAAGAAAAAAGUUGAAGAAUUAUUUGAAAGGGUUAUUACUAAAAAGAUAACUAGAAAACAAGCUAAAUUUUUCUUCAAUAAAUGGUUGCAAUUUGAAGAAAAUAAAGACGAUACUAAGAUGAUUGAUUAUGUGAAGGCAAAGGCUUCUGAAUAUGUAGAAUCACAAAAGAAAAUAGAGAGUGAUGAAUAA